AUGGAGUCAUGUGGAUACGUGGUCGUGGCUUUAGGUUUGGCAGGGCUAUAUAAGAGGCUGAGGCUCCGGCUGCAGGCACAAGACACAGUGAGCGACUCUGAGCAUCACAGCAGCAGACCAGUGGACUUACCUCCAGAUACACUUCACAUCCAAGAGAAGAUGGGACUGCACAGCGUCGAGGAACUGGUGUCCGGGAAGAGGUCAGAGGGCAAAGAGGCGGCCGACUUCCAAGGGGGCGUGUACGAGGCGGCGGUGGAGCAGGAGAAGCAGGAUGACCGCAGGUCGCACAGGGAGGUGGGCGGAGCUCUGUCGGAGGAGAGCGACAGCGGCAGCGAGCAGGAGGAAGUCAGUGUGGCAGCUCUCAAUAUGGAUAAAAGCGGCAGGCUGAAGUUAGAGACGGUGGACGACCUGUUCAACAUCCUGCAGCUGACGAAGAGAAGACGGGAGAGGAAGACUCCUGUCAAGAGAAGACAGCCGGAGCCUGACAUCGUGCCAGAGACUGUGGACGAGCAGCUGUUUCUGACAGCAGCCAUGGAGAACAAAGUGCCAGUGGUGGAGAAGUACCUGAGUGAUGGAGGAAACCCCAACGCAGCCGACCACGUGAGUGUCACACAGUAA